AUGAUCGUAGACCGAGCUGGACAACUCACACGAACAGGAGAACUCUCUGACUUACAGUUCGUUGGUGAAUUUGUAUACCUGGGGUCACUACUUACUAACGAAGGAGGAAGCGAGAGAGAAAUUCGAAGGAGGACUCAAAUGGCCAAAUCUGCCAUGAGUAAGAUGACACGAAUAUGGCAGGAUCGAAAAAUCUCGAACAACACCAAGAUGAGAAUCAUAAGAACGCUGGUCUUCUCGAUUUUUCUCUACGGCUCGGAAUCAUGGACAAUCCGGUCAGCGGAACGCAAGAAAAUAGAGGCCUUUGAAAUGUGGUGCUGGAGACGGAUGCUACGUAUCUCAUGGACAGCCAAGAGGACAAACGUCUCUAUCCUCCAGCAGCUUGGGAUCCAGACAAGGCUAUCCACCACCUGUUUUAAAAGGAUUCUUAGCUAUUUUGGACACAUAGCCCGCCGAGAACCUGACAACUUGGAGAAACUUGUAGUUGUUGGGAAAGUAGAUGGCAAGCGGCGACGUGGCAGAUCUCCUGCUCGGUGGUCGGAUCAGGGUGGGAUGGAAGCGAUUGGUGACAGAGGUCAUCAGAAAAUUUCAAGACGGACACGACCUUCAGCAAUGAAGAAAACGACUAGAGAGAGAGAGGACAUUCUUACACAGAUUGACUAA